GGCCUGUCAAGAGAAGGGCCUGGGGGCGGGGGGAUGGUGAGUCGGAGAUAAACACUCCGCGGCGGUGGCGGCUGCUGCUCUUCUUCGGGUUCUGUCACAGUGUCGGCGGUGCCCAGCUCACCGGACCCCCCCCCCUCCGGCGAGCGUGGUAGCCAGAGAGGCUCUCUCAACCCUGCUCUGCGGGGUCCACAGCAGGGCGCGGGUGUCCGGCGGCGGCGGCGAGCCCGUGGGCAGUGGGGGUUGGUCCCGCGGCUCCGGCCCCCGGUGCAGAAUGGCGGCGGCGGUUCGGAUGAACAUCCAGAUGCUGCUGGAGGCGGCUGACUACCUGGAGCGGCGGGAGAGAGAAGCUGAACAUGGUUAUGCCUCCAUGUUACCAUACAAUAACAAGGACAGAGAUGCCUUAAAACGGAGGAACAAAUCCAAGAAGAAUAACAGCAGUAGCAGAUCAACUCACAAUGAAAUGGAGAAGAAUAGGCGGGCCCAUCUUCGCUUGUGCCUGGAGAAGUUGAAGGGGCUGGUUCCGCUUGGGCCCGAAUCGAACCGACACACUACAUUGAGUUUAUUGACAAAAGCCAAAUUACACAUAAAGAAACUUGAAGAUUGUGACAGAAAAGCCAUUCACCAAAUAGACCAGCUCCAGCGAGAGCAGCGGCACCUGAAGCGGCAGCUGGAGAAGCUGGGCAUCGAGAGGAUACGGAUGGACAGCAUCGGCUCCACGGUCUCCUCGGAGCGCUCGGACUCCGACAGGGAAGAAAUCGACGUGGACGUUGAAAGCACAGACUAUCUCACGGGCGACCUGGACUGGAGCAGCAGCAGCGUGAGCGACUCGGACGAGCGGGGCAGCAUGCAGAGCCUGGGCAGCGACGAGGGCUACUCCAGCUCCAGCAUGAAGAGAAUAAAGCUCCAGGACAAUCGCAAGACGUGUCUGGGCCUCUAAGAGCGCGGGGUCGCCGUGGCUGCCUCCCGGAGGGCUCUGCCGGCCGAGCGGAUUAGGUAGUGUAUCGGACCCAGCCACAGUCCCCUUGCACGUAAGCUUCCGUGUACCACCUGUACCAGAAUCAGCUCUGUAAACGUUUUCCAGGAAGUGCUUAGGAUUGUGGGUUUGACUGCAUCCACUAGCUUCUCUUUCUCUCCAUAAAAAUCCGUCUGCCAGACUGUACAUUCCAAUCAAUUUGAAGCACCCAAGAAUUCUUAGGCCGAAUAAGCAACUUUCACAGCUCAGCAAUCUCCCCCUCUUAUGUACUGUCCCCGGGUAGUCUAGCAAACCUUUCUUAAAGUUUUCUGGCUGUGUCACUCACCUAUAGCAGAAAUGUCCGAAUGUGUCUUGUGCUUAGCAAACUGAAGGAAACAAACUUUAAAAGUUGAGAUCCUGAUCUCAGAACUCCAAAGUAAGCUUUGAAAGCGGCAUUUAAGAGCACUUCACCGUGGACCUCACCCCCCCCGUGAGGAGUCAGGAAUACCUCCAGAAAACACACCCUACACACACACACACACACCCUACACACACCCACACACACACACACCCCUCCGUGCUAACUCCCCCGACCCGCGUGUGAAUGGGAGCAGUAUUUCUCACUUGAAAGUGGACACCGUGCUAACAUGUCUUUGGGGUCGCACAGCUCAUGCAAGUUCCAGCAUGAACAAACAAGACAGUACAAUCUCUUUGUGUGCGAUGUUCUUGGGACCGCGCUGUGUACUGCUAUCCCAAGGCACGUUUUUCCCUCAAAGUUUGUUACGCUACUUGUCUCUGGAACAUUUUUUUUUCCUACCUCAGAGAUAAAUGAGAUCUCCAUUUCCCACUUAACACAAAGUGAUUAUGCCUUUUUUUUCCACCCCCAAAUAAGUGACAUUUGGUCCAAUUCUAAGCUAUUUUCCUACUUAACUUUCAGCAAUAACUGAGCUUUGGCGCUAGCUGAGCUAGCGUCCAUCAUCAGUGAAAGGAAAAGUCUGCAUUUCUACUCUGUGUUGCAGGUGAACAGGAGGGGAUGGUACAGUGUUAUUAGAAUUCCUCUCCUUAUUUUUGGAUACACCCAGAAACUUCUUUAUGGAGGCUUUUGGGUUGCUAGUUUAAAAGGCUGAUCUUUUUGGUUAUGAUUUCUCCCUUAAGUGGUCUCCCACUUUGUAGCAUUUUUAUUUAAGCUAAAACAGAGCACAUGUAUAUGUACAUAAGACACAUUAAAUCUAUAAAUACUAUUUAUUCAUUUUAUAUAAACUAAUGUAAUGGAAAACAAAUUCUUACGACUUUGUGCUUUUAUAGAUGUUCUAGAAACUUUGUAUGUAGGUAUCUACAAAAUUGGUUCAUUCCCCUUAAUAUUUUUGCAUUCAUAUUUUUGAGGUCGAGGUUUUCAGCCUCUGGCAAAUCUUUUUCAUUGAAUUUGAACCAUUUGUAAAACCUGUGACGCUGAAACAGAGUGUGUGUCACAAAGUGACGAGAACAUUCCUAAAAUCCACAGACGCACUGCAACCUAAGGGCUCCACGGCUGAAGCAGCGGCAGGCGGGCGGGUGGCUGCCCCGAGCCCCCGCCGCCCGCGGUCUCUGGCCCCCCAGCCUCGCCACGCCUCCGGCGCCUCCACCUUCCACACGACUCAAAGUUCAAACGCCCUCCACGCGGAAGCUCAUUCUAUACACGAAGAGCGGUCUAAACAAAGCAAGAUUACUUUUCUUUCAUUUUAAUGAUUCUCUACUGUAUUAAAAUUUUUAAUUGGAAGUAGUCGAUUCCUAAAUGAUUCCAAAGUCAUCUGUACUUCUGUUUUUGUUCUGUUUUUUUCCUGCAUUUCAGCUUUGGGUGGGUGGGGGGAGGGGCAGGUGACACAAAGGAUUUUUUUUUUAUUGUUGGAAUCUUUUCCAAUGACCAGCUGAAGAUUUGCACUGAAAUACAACUUGUAUGCCUUUUGCAUUUUUAAAGCCUGCUUCCUGAAUUUAAGCAGAGUGAUAGUGUUCAACGAGCCAGCUCAGCCUGUAACAUGUUUGAAAAGAUUUAUCUGCACUUUGAGGUCCCUUUCGAAUGCCAUUCGCUAGACCUCUCAAGCGUUUUAAUUGCUACAUUCAAGCGCCUCACAAGUCCAAGAUGCUGGAUGCCGUAUGGCAUCGAAAACUCAAGACUUUGGGCAAAGCUUGUGGGCUUGCAUUGGGGGAGGGAAGGGAACAGAAUUUGUGUAUUUGUUCGAUUUAGAAAUAAGGCAUCUGAGAGAUGCCGUUAUUUUCUGUGUUUAAGUUAAACUGCAUUUUUUGUCUUUUGGUUGAAAUAUGAAAUGUACUGUCCCAAUAUAAAACAGUAAUUAUUUGACCUUUGCACUGUUUUUGUCUGGUCCUUUUCAAUUUGAUUGAUCGCAUAUGUAAAUGUGGAAAUGGAUAUAUUUUUAAUGCACUUGUGAUAAGCUGACACCAGGGUUAGACCUUACCUUUCAAAGCCCAAGAGGUGGACCGAGUUGGCAUGCGAGCUAGGCCUCUCUUUAACCAAAACUGUAACCUUCAGGACCAGCAAACUCAGCCCGAGGCAGCUACCCCACCCCUUCCCCAUGCGGCUCAGCAGCAGCCCUGAUUUGCCAACCUGUCCUGUCAUUCACUGAUCCACCAGCGUGACUGUUCAGAGCUCUAAAGUCUUUUUGGUUGUUUUGGGGGGUUUUUUUAAGCAAAAUGAAAAACCUUUCUGUGAGGGUUGGGGGGGUGGGCAAAGAUAGAAACCCCAGCCUUUAAGACUUUGACAAUUGUACGUAACUAUAGAGGUGUGUAAAUAUAGGCACAUGCAUAUUUUUAUGUAAAAUUGAUUUUAAAAGACGAAAUCUAUACUCUCACCAAUACCAUUGCAAUGCAGAUGGGAAAAUAAGAGUAUGUAGUCCAAUUUCAUGCAGUGAGAAAAUACAUCUGGGGGCUUCUGUGAACAGCCCAGAAAGCCUAGCUUUCCCCGCCUGUUGGCUUAGAACGGCAGGUGAAGCACCCAGGGGGUUUUGUGUGGGUUUCUGCUGCUGAGCAAAGAUCUUGAAUUCUUCAAGGUGCUGCUAGUGACCACUGACUCCUGUGUCUAGUCACAGACCUAAUGCUAGUUUGUGAUGCUUUUUGAAUCACUUUCGAGCAGGACCUAAAUUCCUCUCCCAGUCUACCCCAGACUCAAUUUCAGGGUCAGUUCAGUGAGCACUACGUAGGGCCCUGACCUGGCAUUCGGCCCCUGUGAGCGGAUUUCUUCUCUUUUAAGGGAGGCGUUUUCCUCCCCCCCCCCCACCCCCGCCACCAAAAGAAACAAAGGGUCCUUACCUGGGUUUCCUGUGGGCCUCUCUGAUCCAUCCCUGAAGUGGCCAAGAGUAGAUCCUGGGGUGGGGGGGUGGGGAGGAAAAAAGUGUCAACUAGGUAGGAUGGUGAUGCUCAAAAUAACCGUCUAGCGGGGUCUUAGGGGGUCACAAAUCGGUGUUAUGGGCUUUUUUCUUCUUGCCUCUGCCCCAUCCUUUAAAGAGAAAACUGAUUUUUGAAAAGUAUAUACAUACACAUUAUUUAGGUUUUUAUACCAUGCUGUAUUGGCAAGAAUACCACUUUCGUUGUGCUUUAUAAUCUAUUCCUGAAUCUGUCUUCUCUUCCUUUUUUACUUGUUCCCCAAGCUGCUUUGCCUUCCUCCUCUACCUGCCCUGUGUGUUGAACCCCAGGAAGUCAACGGCUGCAAGGCUAUUUCCUGCAGGUCAAUCUGGGGUUGGUUUUUUUUCUGUGGCUAACUUGGAUGCAGUAUGCUUAGGUAGCUGGCUACUGAGUUUUCAAAUCCUUUCUGGGAGAAGAUGACCCAAAGACCCUUUCAGAUGGGGUGGUUUUUCUCAUUCAGAUCUCUGUGACUGUGAGAUGUCUUGUUUUCAAAGCUCUCUGGGGACGGGGAAGGGUAUGUGGGUGAUACGUGAUUUAUCAUGAUUUCUUCAUUAAUAUUUGUUACAUGGAUGAUUUUCUUAUAUUCUUCUGAAAGAAGAAAUAACUGCCUUGCACUGCUAGAGUCAGCUACUGAAUGGCUGAAGAAAUUGAGUAUCUUUGUCUUCUCUCAAAAUCAUAAAAUGAGAAUUAGGAAGGCACCCAAUUUAAGGUUUAUCCAAAUUUUUAAUUUUGAUUUCUUACUCUCUGGGGAGUGGUGAGUUGAUGGGUCAUCCUUCAUUUUCACUUUUACCUGAGAACCAAACUUGCCUUUACCCCUUGUCCCUAGACUUGGUGCUCCGGGAAUGUUGCUGUUAACCAUCAAUGUUGGGGCCAUCUUCCUACUGGUAAACACAGCCUAAAACGGGGGAGCAGCAGAUGAGAGAGUAUGGAAUUCUGUUUCCAGAUGUUUAUUUCUUUAUGUAAAUAUGAAGCCAAUGUAAAUCCUGUGUCAAGAUCUAGAGAAUGGUGCUUUUUACUGCAGUUAGCAUAUGCAUUUUUAGAACUACUACAUGUUUUAGAGAUCUUUGCUGUGUAUAUGUAAAUUUCUGUACUGUUCCACCGUUAACAAAUAAAUUAUUUCAUUAUUA